GCCCAGGCGCCCACGCCGGGAUCUAAACCAAUGAUGCUAGGGUCACCGACAUCUCCGAAGCCAGGGGUUAAUGCCCAGUUCUUACCUGGAUUUUUAAUGGGGGAUUUGCCAGCUCCAGUAACUCCACAACCUCGAUCAAUCAGUGGCCCGUCGGUAGGAGUAAUGGAAAUGAGAUCACCUUUACUUGCAGGUGGAUCACCACCACAACCAGUUGUACCAGCUCAUAAAGAUAAAAGUGGAGCUCCACCAGUUAGAAGUAUAUAUGAUGAUAUUUCCAGCCCAGGACUUGGAUCAACACCUUUAACUUCAAGAAGACAGCCAAACAUUUCAGUGAUGCAGAGUCCUCUUGUUGGAGUUAUGACAACUACUCCUACUCCUGGAGCAGGGCAAAGUAUGUUUAGUCCAGCAAACAUUGGUCAGCCAGGAAAGACAACAUUAUCUCCUGCACAGCUGGAUCCUUUUUAUACUCUAGGAGAUUCUCUGACUUCUGAAGAUCACCUUGAUGACACUUGGGUGACUGUGUUCGGGUUUCCUCAAGCAUCUGCUUCCUAUAUAUUAUUACAAUUUGCACAAUAUGGGAAUAUCUUAAAACAUGUGAUGUCUAACACAGGAAAUUGGAUGCAUAUUCAUUAUCAAUCUAAACUGCAGGCCCGGAAAGCCUUAAGCAAAGAUGGGAGGAUUUUUGGAGAGUCCAUCAUGAUUGGUGUAAAACCAUGUAUAGAUAAAAGUGUUAUGGAAAACAAUGACAGAUGUGCUUUAUCAUCUCCAUCUCUAGCCUUUACACCACCAAUCAAAACCUUAGGUACACCAACCCAACCUGGAAGUACUCCUAGGAUUUCUACCAUGAGACCUCUUGCUACAGCAUACAAAGCUUCUACUAGUGACUAUCAGGUUAUUUCUGACAGACAAACACCAAAAAAAGAUGAAAGCCUUGUAUCCAAAGCAAUGAAGUACAUGUUCGGCUGGUAGUAUAGUAAGAACCGAGAACUCACCUACCGUGGAGGAGGCUGCUACACUAAAACAGAGUUAGCAGAGUACCGCCAACUUCCUGUGGUUAGUUAUAUA